AUCACUCUCGUCCACACCUCAGACAAACAGCAAUCAUGGAACACAUCGGCCCUUUCCUCCUGGCAGCAAUGGCAGUGGCGGCGGCCGUCGCCGCGGCAUCGGAGACGGCUACAACUGUGCCGGUGGCGGCGCUACCGCCGCUGCCAGCGCUGCCGGUCACAGCGGCGGCGAGCACGCUGCAGCCGGGGACGGCGUCGUGCAUGGACGACCUCAUGCCAUGCGCGACCGUCUCCGACGACCCCACCAUGCUAACGCCAUGCUGCGAGGCGGUGGCGGAGGUGUUGAAGAGCGAUCCGGAGUGCCUCUGCAAGGUCGCCGAGAUGUCCAGAAACAACACCAGGAAGCUCGCGAGCGUCAGCAACAACCUCGACAGCGAUCAGCAAUUGUUCGCCCAGUGCAAGAUCACCGGCGUUUCGUCCGACGUCUGCCACAAGGACAAGGGGCAUCAAGGAGGUCAUAAUGAAACAGACACGCCGGCCGGCGACUCUUUGACAGACUCCCAAGCAAAAAAUGCCUCUCCUCCCUCGAGGCUGAGUGAGGCAUUCCGGAUCUUGUUCCUGCUUCAGAUACUGUUCAUUUUCGGACUGUGAAGCACCAUUCAUUGGAGACAGUAUUUUCAUUUUCCGUAUUCAUCUUCCUGUUCAAUGUUACCAUAUGGAUGCCAAGUAUUUGACAGUGGUGAAUGAUUCGAGCUUAAUGGCCUUCA